AUGGCCCCAUACCCUGGUCCCCUUUACCUGCCCGUAGGCAGCCUGCACCUGGGUCUCCAGCUCCUGGAGGAGCGCCCGCCGUCUGGUGGCUGCUGGAUCAAGAUCCGCUCGGUGGUGACUUGGCGGAUUCCUGGGGUGGGGCGCGGGGUGGAGCAGGACCUUAAAUACGAGGCCUGCGGGUCCUCCCCACUUCCUGCCGCACUUGCACUCCGUCGCCUGCCGCCCUACACCAUCGUCUACUUCCCGACCCGAGGGCGCUGCGAGGCCCUGCGCAUGCUGCUGGCCGACCAGGGCCAGAGCUGGAAGGAGGAGGUGGUGACCAAGGAGUCCUGGUUGCAGGGCCCACUCAAGGCCUCCUGUCUGUACGGGCAGCUCCCCAAGUUCCAGGAUGGAGACCUCAUUCUGUACCAGUCCAAUGCCAUCCUGCGACACCUGGGCCGCUCCUUUGGGCUCUACGGCAAAGACCAACGAGAGGCAGCGCUGGUGGACAUGGUGAAUGACGGUGUGGAGGACCUCCGCAGGCACUGCAGCCACAUCAUCCAUCACGGCCAUGAGGAGGACAAGGCCCAGUAUGUUCUGGAGCUGCCGGGGCACCUGAAGCCUUUUGAGACCCUGCUGUCCCAGAACCAAGGGGACCAGACCUUCAUUGUGGGCGACCAGAUCUCCUUCGCUGACUACAACCUGCUGGACCUGCUGCGGAUUCACCAGGUCCUGGCCCCUGGCUGCCUAGACUCCUUCCCCCUGCUCUCGGCCUACGUGGUCCGCCUCAGCGCCCGGCCCAAGCUGCAGGCCUUCCUGGCCUCCCCGGAGCACGUGAACCGCCCCGUCUUUGGAAGCCGCAAGAUAUGA